AGUCUCAAGGUGACUGAUCGUCGGCUCACAUCGUUCUUCUUGGCAUCUCAAAGGUUUUGGAGGCCACAUCAUGUCAUCCCUUUUUUCUUAUAGGAGACACGUAGAUGAUGGUGAAGAGGAGAUGUUGAUGGCAGAAGAUCACGGCCCUGAUCUGAUUCAUCCUCAGGAAUUUAGGAGGCAAUGUGGCAUCAACAGAAGUAGUUUAGCCUAUUACGACUGCGAAGAGAGAGAACAGCCAGUACCCCAUGAGAGUUUGGAUUAUUUGCCUUCACACAGUGGAGUUUAUAAGAAGUGGCUACAAGAGAAAACAUAUGGAAAAGAGUGGGAUCGAUGGCUGCUGAUGGGGCUAAUUGGAACAGCAGUUGGGAUGCUGGGGUUUUUGACUCAUCAGAUAGUUGAUUCUCUCAUCAAAUUGAAAUGGGACCUGGUGGAAAGUUACCUGAAGGAUGGCAACUUCCACCUGGUGUGGGUGUGUGUGCUGGGCUCCGGGCUGGCCAUGGUCCUUGUGUCCUCGAGCUUGGUGCUGUUCUUUUGCCCAGCUGGUUCACCAUCUGGCUUGCCCGAAAUCAUUGGAUAUUUGAAUGGCACUUCUAUUCAACAUCUUUUUAGCAUCAAAACCUUCCUGGGGACCUUUGUCUCAUGCAUGCUGGCUGUAGCCUCUGGGCUCUUCUGUGGGUUGGAAGGUCCCAUGAUCCAUUUGGGGGCUAUCCUGGGUUGUGGCCUGAGCCAGCUGCAGUCGGACACACUUGGCAUCCACCUUCCCUUCUUCACCAGGUUUCGGAAUUCAGCUGACAAGCGCAGCUUCAUUACAGCUGGUGCAGGAGCAGGGAUAGCUUCAGUAUUUCGUGCCCCCAUUGGCGGGCUCUUGUUCACGCUGGAGGAGGUGUCUUCCUUCUGGGACAUCAGGCUGGCCUGGCAAACCUUCUUUUGCUGCUUGACAGCUACCUUCACCACAGAUUUGCUGUCCUCAUCGCUCCAUGGGUUUGUUUACAGAGGUCACUUCGGAUUUUUUGAAGCAGAGAAAAGAAUACUGUUUUGGGUUAAGAAUUUGCUGGACAUGCAUGUCUUGGCCUUCAUUCCAGCCAUCCUACUUGGAAUGCUCGGAGGUCUUCUGGGAGCUCUCUUUGUUUCCCUAAAUAUAAAAAUUAAUAAGUUACGUAUGCAGUUCUUUAAUUCAAUUCCAAAACCAUCUCUUAGCAAAACAAGCAAGCUGCUGGAAACUGUGCUUAUUUUGGUAUGUACCACGACUGUAACAGUAUAUUUGCCAUAUUUCUUUCCCUGCACUCCUGUCAUGAAUGCCAGAAACUACCAGCUGAGAAACAGCUCGGAAAUCAUAUAUCAAUUCAAGAGGGAGAUUUCAGAAUAUGGAUGUUCACCGAACACAUCAUGGAUUGGUCCAGAUGGAGUCAGAUAUUCUAAUCAAACCUUCAAUCAGGCUGCUGCUCUUCUGGUUGAAAAUGGUAAGCGAGGAAUCACAUAUCUUUUUAAGCGUGGGACUCACGAGGAAUUCGGAUACACAUCUCUCUGCACUGCUUUGGCAUUUUACUUCAUCCUCAGCUGCUGGACUGCAGGUUCUGCUGUUGCCAGUGGCCUGGUUAUCCCGAUGCUGUACACAGGAGCUUUGUAUGGCAGGAUAAUUGGUUUGAUCCUUGUUUCCAUUUUUGGUGUUCAAACUAAUGAAUACGGAGCAUGGAUUGAUCCAGGUCUCUUUGCUGCCAUUGGAGCUGCCUCCUUUUUCAGUGGUGUGUCAAGACUAACCAUUUCCCUCACUGUUAUCAUGGUAGAGAUCACAAAUGAUGUCCAGUCCUUGCUACUGAUAAUGCUGGCUGUCAUGGUGGCCAAGAUGGUUGGUGACUUUUUCAGUGCAUCCCUGUACAGCUCCCUCCUGAGGCUGAAAUGCAUUCCUUACUUGGAUGUGGAACCUUUUGUUCAUCACAGGAGAGAACGGCUGAACCUAGAAUUGUUCUCUGCCAGGGAUGUCAUGGAGCCUCACGUGAGAGUCCUUCACCUGAGGGAAAACAUUGCCUCCUUGGCUUGGCUUCUUGCAAGCACAAGCCACGGUGGAUUCCCUGUGGUUGGCAGGCCCAAGCCAGAUCAUGCACAGGUGUUUCAGGGAACCAUUAAAAGGUUAGAGCUGUGCAUGCUGCUGGAGAAUGAGCACAUCUUUGAACCAGAGACAAGCAACGAAUCUUUCUCCUUCUCACAUCCUCUAACCUAUGAGAAGAUAACAGUGGAGAAGCUGCCCAAGCCGUCGCGCCUAGCCGUGCUGCUGAAUCGCUACACUACAGAUCCCCGGUAUCAGCAACUCUUCAUCAAUCUGGAGCCAUACAUAAACAAAUCGGCCAUGUCAGUCCAAGCCCACUUCUCGCUGCAACGCACGUAUAUCAUCUUUCGCACCCUGGGGCUGCGCCAUCUCACUGUGGUCGACCUGCAGAACCGAGUGGUUGGUGUGAUCACCAGGAAGGACCUGAUGCCUCUCCCUUUGGAGGAGAGGCUCAGGCUCCAGCUGUCUCCACAGAGCCCUGAUGCAGGGGAGUAGCCUCUGGAUUUAAGGCCGUGGACAGUGGAUUUAAGGCUAUGGAUGCAUUCUUAGAAUUUGUUGCUUCUUUCUGAGCUCAUGCUUCUUCAGGAAAAAAUAAUCAGGGCUUUUCCACUUGAUCCCUUCUGGAGAAGAGAUGCUUAAAAGCUGUUGUAUCUAGACGUGGGGCUGUAGCCUAGAGCUACGUCUCCACAGCUGUUUGGUGAUUGCAAAAUUCAUUGACUCAAAUGCUUGCAAGGCAGAAUAGGAAUUCAUGUAUUUAGGAAAUAUGCAUAUAAAAUCAGAUCUGCACGA